CGUCUGCAGCUGCUCUAGUAUUGCUAAACACUUGGUUUUAGAACAAAAUGAAAGUGGCCUUCAGUGUAUUAAUAUUAUUGCAGUUGGUGCUACUGCUAAAAACACUUAACGCUGCAAGCUGUUUCAAAACAGUUACGACAACAAUUGCACCGCCUUGCGUAACCUCGAGCCCCUCUCAAUCGACGUCAACGGACAAUGAGUCAACUGAGAAGACAACCAGUGUGUCUCCCACACGUUCGACACAGACCCCUUCUGAGACCACACCAAAUCGGGAUCCUGGCACCACAUCUGAGUCGCCCCCAAAUCCUACCAGGGAUCCCAAUGCUUCAACACAAGAAACGCCCACAGGGCUGCCACAGACAACGACGGAGGUAACACCCACUGCAAAUCCUAAUAGUUCUACUGAGCCUCCACCAAAUCCAACGGGAGUUACCCCUACUGCAGACCCAAAUAUUUCAACACAAGAAACGCCAACUGAGCCGCCACCAAAUCCAACGGGCGUAACUCCCACUGUAGAUCCAAAUAGCUCAACACAAGAGACGUCUUCGGAGUCUCCACCAAGUCCUACAGACUUAACACCCACUGCAGAUCCCAAUAGUUCCAGUCAAGGAACAUCUAUAGAGCCGCCAACAAAUCCAACAGGCGUAACACCCACUGCAGAUCCCAAUAGCUCCAGUCAAGGAACAUCAGCAACAACUCCAUCGGGUAUUACCACUUCGGAAAAUCUACCUACUUCAACACAAGGAACAACCGGUCAGACAACUGAUAGCAGAACAAGCGAGGAGCCAAUAACGACAACCGCAUCGAAUGAAUCCACAGGCACAACCAUUUCUGUACCAACAACAACCAUAGGUGGCAUAGAUAUCGAUGCAAUGUGUAGAAACCAUCCGGGGGUCGAGCUGCUGCCAUAUCCCUAUAACUGUCACAAGUUUGUCCAUUGCGAUGGUGACCUUGGCUAUAUAAAAGACUGUCCAUCCAAUCUCUAUUGGGACUCUAGGACAAAGACUUGUGAAGCUGCUUGCGCUUGAAUAUGAAUAUAUAUAUAGUAAAUCAUAUAUGUAUAUA